AUGUGUAUUCCUGAAAUGGUCGCCAAACUACUGGAAGGCUGUUCUGCUACCCUGUCCCUUAACCUUGACAAAAGGCCGCUUCAGCAGGAUUUGGUGUAUUUUGAAGACAUGGUGCACAAGCUUCUGGAUUGCAUACUUUUGCCGGCUUCGUUACUGCUUUUAUCUUCACAGAAAGAUGAGUAUGUCAAGGACCUUGGGUUGAAGAUGAGAUUCCUGGACACGGCUUAUUUCGGUGGACUUUCGAUGUCGGGCUGGAGUAAGAUCCGCGAAAAGCUUCCUCGAUUCGUGGAAGACACGCUGGAUGGCAGCUAUCGCGAGGUCCUGAUUGACGGCUUGUUAGUGCUGACCUACAGUGGUCUUGUCACUCAGCUCUUCAAAGGCGAUUCGGCAACGAAGGAGGAUCUUGCCUCGGCUGUGGAGAAAAUCACCGACAAGGUCUCCGACGAGAGCGGGAGUUUACAGACUGAGAUAAAGGAAGUGAAGGUGUGCGCUCGCGAGCUGAAGACGUGGGCUAAGAAGGUCGAGCUGGAGAGGACCAAGAGCGACCUGAACGAGGAGACCAACCAGAUUGGCCAGGUGAAGGAGAGUGGCAACGAUCAGCUGAAAGAGGGUGGUAACAAUGGAGAUUAA